AUGCAAUUCAUUCUCUGCACUUUCACAAUCCUUGCUUUGAUUAGCUCUCAAACAGUUGCUUCAUCGAUUGGUGAAGAAAUUCUACAAGCACUCAAAGGUACUGAAACCAAUAAUACAUCAUCAAGAGCAAUGUUACCAUGGCAACAAACAUGUCAUAAUAUGUUUAGUCUAUUCGCUUCAGCUCGUUCUAUCGUCGAUAUUACAGUUCAAGAAUUACUUCCAUUACGUAUCCGUGCCAAAGUUCAACUUGAAAAUCAAAGCUCAGACAAACGAGAUUAUUUUUAUGUUGAUGGACAUGUUUGUCAAAAUGGUUUUGAUCAACUUGCUGCUAAUGCAGUUUGUCGAUCAUUAGGACAAGGAUCAAACUCACUAUUUUUUUU